CUCGCUGGCAUGUCCAUGGAAAAUAUGCCUCAAACUCUCUACAUUCUAGUCCUAGUUACAAAAACAAAACAAAAAAUACAUUAGCAGUGCUUUAGUUCACAGAUUUUCAUAUUUCAGGUCCUGUCUUGCUGUGAGUGAUUGGCAGUUUAUACUUGUUUGAGCAUAUCAAGAAGAACCUUAGAUUUGAGGUUGCAAUCUUUAUAUUUUACUUCCAUUCUUUAUUUAUUAGCAUGUGUCUUCCUUCUAGUUAAAGUAAAGCUACUAAUGUACAUUCUUACUCUUAAUUUCUAAUUCUACAAUCUUGGGUUUGGUAUUUUUUUACCAAGCUUUUGUUUGAGGGGUGAUUGAGCUUGACGGCAUUGCAGCACUUUGGUUCUUUGUUUGCAUGUCCAAAUCAUAUGGGGUAUAGAAUUUGACGGAAGGGACAUGGACAUUGGAGUGUUUGAUCUUCUGGGUUUGCUUCAUUAUUGAUGAUUUUCGCAAGUAAUUCUAUAUAUAUAACACUCAGAUAUUGUUAUCACACCCACAAUAAAAGCUCUUGGUAUCCAUUCCUUUAUUCUAGUAUAUCUCUUCUCCUCCAAGAAUUUCUAUCUGUUUCCUCUCUCUCUCUCUCUCUCUCUUCUUGAAUUGAUGAAAAUUAAAGGUUUUGAUUGCCUGGAAUAACAACUUGCUGGUUUCCUAAGUAGUAGUGAAACUUUGUACAGGAAGCAGGUUGUCUUAUUGAGUUCUGUCUUCUUCUGAGAUCAUCUUUCGCUUGCUGCUGAAGAAGGGACCUUUUGGGGCUUCUCAUGCAUUGAAUGGGAAGCUUACGUUGGUGAAGAAGUGAAGAAGUCAGGUCUAUCUGAUUCAACUAUAUUUAAAAAGCAAUUUGAUGAACACAUAAUCAAGAAGAAAAUCAAAAGGAUUAGUCAUGAAGUUCAUGAAACUCGGAUCCCGGCCGGACACGUUCUACACUGCUCAGGCUGUCAGGUCUGUCUCCUCUGAAGUUUCCAGUGACCUUAUAGUUCAAGUGAAAGGGAGUAGAUAUUUGCUUCACAAGUUUCCUCUGCUUUCCAAGUGUUUGCGCCUACAGAGACUGUGCUCUGAAUCCCCUGAAACCUCACAACACCAUAUAGUCCAACUCCCUGAUUUUCCUGGUGGGGUUGAGGCAUUUGAACUUUGCGCAAAGUUCUGUUAUGGUAUUACAAUCACUCUUAGUGCCUUCAACAUAGUUGCUGUGAGAUGUGCUGCGGAAUACCUGCAGAUGACAGAGGAUGUAGAGAAGGGAAACCUAACAUACAAGCUUGAAGUUUUCUUCAAUUCCUGCAUACUUCAUGGGUGGAAAGAUUCUAUUGUCACUCUACAGAGCACCAAAGAAUUUCCUUCGUGGUCAGAAGACCUUGGAAUAACAAGCAGAUGCAUUGAAGCGAUUGCCUCUAAAGUCCUAACUCAUCCAUCAAAGGUGAGUUUGUCGCACAUUUACUCUAGAAGGGAAAGAGAUGAUGAGUCUUGUAACGGAGCAGAGAGCCAGAGACAUAAACCGCCAAGCAAAGGGUGGUGGGCUGAAGAUAUGGCAGAAUUAGGCAUAGACCUAUAUUGGAGAACCAUGAUAGCAGUCAAGUCCGGUGGAAAGAUGCCAUCUAGUCUCAUAGGGGAGGCCUUGAAAAUUUACGCAGCUCGAUGGCUACCUAACAUAUCAAGAGAAAGAAAUGUUAAUAAGCAAGUAGCAUCUGACUCGGAUUCAGACUCAACCAAUGAGAUAACUUCAAAGCAUAGGGUGCUUCUAGAAUCAAUAGUAAGCUUACUCCCAGCUGAGAAAGGUGCUGUAUCUUGCAGUUUCCUUCUCAAACUUUUGAAAGCAGCCAAUAUUCUUAAUGCCUCCUCAUCUUCAAAGAUGGAAUUGGCCAGAAGAGUGGCACUUCAAAUGGAGGAAGCAACAGUUAGGGAUCUGUUAAUACCCUCUAUCUCAUAUGCAAACAGUACAGUGUAUGAUGUAGACUUAGUCAUCACCAUAUUGGAGCAGUUCAUGUUACAAGGGCAGAGUCCUCCCACUAGCCCUCCGAGAUCCAAGCUGGGGUUUGAAAGGAGAAGGUCGCGGUCUGCAGAGAAUAUUGUCUUGGCGUUUCAAGAGAGCAGGAGGUCUUCUUCAGCAUCACAUAGCUCAAAGUUGAAGGUGGCAAAGCUUGUGGAUGGCUAUCUUCAAGAGAUUGCCCGAGAUAUGAAUUUGCCUCUUUCAAAAUUCAUCGCACUUGCUGAGGCCAUUCCAGAUUUCUCAAGGCUUGAUCAUGAUGAUCUCUACAGGGCCAUUGACAUUUAUCUCAAGGCACAUCCAGACCUAAACAAGAGUGAAAGAAAACGACUGUGCAGAACCCUAGACUGCAAGAAACUAUCUGUUGAAGCCUGCAUGCAUGCCGCACAGAAUGAGUUACUCCCACUGAGGGUGGUGGUACAAGUUCUCUUUUUUGAGCAAGCUAGAGCAGCCAUGGGUAGUGGCAAAGUCACCGAGCUGCCUAGCAACAUCAAAGCACUACUUGCUGCACACAAUAUCGAUCCUUCAAGGCCAACAACUGCAUUAAGCACGACUACUAGCAUUCCAGCAGAUGACCAAUGGAGUGUUUCAGGCCUUAGAUCACCAAAAUCUAAGGUUUCAACACUAAGGAUGAAAUUGGCUGAAGAUGAUUUAGAUGAAAGUGAUCUGCAAUCAGAAGGGCUCAGGAGAACUUCAAAGUUCAAGUCUUUCUGUGCUCUUCCUACACGACCAAAAAGGAUGUUCAGUAAGUUCUUGUCCAUCAAUAGAAAUUCCAGUGAAAAAAACUAGGUGAAUUUUGUUAACUUCCAGAAGCAGAUGGUAAUUUAAAGUGUAACAUAUACACUGUCUUUUUUCUUUUUUUUCUUCUUUUGAAAUGCCUUGUAAUGUUUAGCUGAGAAGGGAAAAAAAUUCUAAUGUGCAUUGGUAUGUAAUUUCAUAUAAUAAGAAAGAAAAUUUUGAGGACA